CGUUUUUCACACAAGAAGCAAAGUAUGGCGGAAAAUGAGGACUCGAACGACCGAAAUACGACAGAUAAUCCGAUAAAAGGCAUUCUGAAACGAAAAAAGAAAGAAGAGGAAAGUGCAGAAAAUCCUGUGAAGUCAAUUUUGAAAAAAUCUAGAACUUCAAGUGAAGGUGACAGGGAGACAUCUACUCCACAACCCCGUAGUAUUCUGAAAAAGAGGUCUGACAAUGCCGGCGAUACCUCGUUAGAACAAAAGAGCACAGAAGACGAAGAAAAGAGCAAAGUCUUGCCAGUAAAAGUUAAAGUGGAAAAAGAUUUUCAUGAACCUGCAAAAUCACCAAAAAAGUCCCUUGAAGGGAAACAACUGAAGAGUAAAGUCAAGGCUGAAAAGACAUCACCCCCAUCAGCCCCACUGAAUGUUGAUCUCUACAAUGAGGACGACGACGAUUAUGAAGCUGUUCAGGAUCCUAAAGUUGACAGAAGUCGGUCCUGUCCUUAUCUUGAUACAAUCAACAGAUCUGUCCUAGACUUUGAUUUUGAGAAACUUUGUUCUGUGUCACUCUCUCACAUUAAUGUGUAUGCCUGUCUAGUGUGUGGGAAGUACUUUCAAGGUCGUGGAAAACUCUCUCACGCCUACACUCACAGUGUUCAGGAAAGUCAUCAUGUAUUUUUAAACUUAUUGACCCAGAAAUUUUACUGCCUGCCAGACAACUACCAGAUCAUUGAUUCUUCUCUGGAUGACAUCAUUUAUGUGUUGAAUCCCACAUUUAGUGAUGAACACAUUGCAUCUCUAGACUCCAGCAGUAAGCUUUCUAGAGCAUAUGAUGGCACAACAUACCUACCAGGUAUUGUGGGUUUGAACAACAUCAAGGAAAAUGACUAUUGUAAUGUCAUUUUACAGGCUUUGUCACAUGUUACACCCCUUAGAAAUUUCUUUUUACAAGAAGAAAAUUACAAGAAAAUCAAGAGGCCUCCAGGGGAUCAGAUGGUUUUACUUGUUCAGAGGUUUGGAGAACUCCUUAGAAAACUCUGGAAUCCCAGAAAUUUUAAGGCUCAUGUCAGUCCACAUGAGAUGUUGCAGGCAGUUGUCCUCUGUAGUAAAAAGAAGUUCCAGAUCACGGAGCAGGGUGAUGCACUGGAGUUUAUGUCCUGGUUUCUGAAUGCUCUUCACUUGGCCAUGAAUGGAACCAGAAAACUAAACAGCACCAUUGUGAACAAAACUUUUCGAGGAAAAAUGAAAGUGUUCACAAGAAAAGUUCUGCCCAUUGAUUUGAAAGAAGAAGAGAAAAAGAAACUUCUUAUGACAGAUGAAUAUCUAGAACAUGUGGAGGAGAUUCCUUGGUUGUACUUGACCUGUGACCUUCCACCUCCGCCCCUUUACCCUGAUGAACUUCAGGAAAACAUCAUCCCUCAGAUCCCAUUUGCUACACUUCUCACCAAAUUUAAUGGUGUAUCAGAGAAGGAGUAUAAGACCCACAAGGAUUCACAGCUGAAGCGAUUCCAGAUCACAAGAUUACCAAACUUUGUCAUCAUUUUUAUUAAGAGAUUUACCAAGAAUUACUUCAUCAAAGAAAAAAAUCCUACCAUUGUCAACUUUCCUAUCAAAAACAUUGAUUUUGGAGAUUUAUUAGCCCCAGAACACAGAGUUUUACACAAAAACACUACGUAUGAUCUCAUGGCCAACAUUGUACAUGAUGGAGAGCCAGAAAGAGGAAAAGGAACCUACAGGGUCCAUGUCCUACACAAGGGUACUCAGAAGUGGUAUGAGAUGCAGGACCUUCAUGUAACAGACAUUCUUCCUCAAAUGAUUCCUCUAUCAGAGAGUUAUAUACAGAUAUUUGAAUUGAGGAGGGAUAUACCUAACCCAGUAUAUGGUAAGAAUCCAGAGGAAAUGGUAGCACAAGAACCAGAAUCCAUGGAGCUGGACAAGUGAGGCUGGACAUCGUUAAAAAUAGGAGAGACUAAAGGAUGUCGAGUGUCUGUCACAGAAGAAUUAAAGAUCAGUUCUGUAUUUUAACUGUAGGAUAAUAAAUUAUCACCUAUGUACUUUUUCAUUCAAAGUACAAAAUAAAACAUUUAAACCAUA